GCGAGGAAAAGCGUGGCACAACCAGAAAUAUCUCAUUCCCCCCCAAAUAAAUACCCUAGACACCAGGUUCCCUGUACGGCUCUAGAGAAGGCUGCCUCGGUCCGGCCGCGCGGGAGCUGACGCGCGCCCAGAGGACCGCUGCUGACAAACCAGGUCUCCCCGCCAGCCGCAGCUGUCUCCGAGUCCGGACCCCCCGCGCUCCGGACGCACGCUGCCCUCCCUGUCCCCCGCCCUCCGCGGCGCCGGCCCCUCCGAGGUCUGCGCGCCGCUUUGCGCCGCCGCCGCCGCCGAGGUUCCGGCGUCCACGCUCGGGUAGACGCGGGCCCCGGUCCUCCCCCUUUCGGGGUCCUCGAGCUGUUUACCGGUCGCGCCGUGCGCACCCGCUCCAACCGCUCGCUCAGCGGGCAGCGCGGGCGGGUCCGGCCCGUAAUCCAACCACAUCUCCGAGUUGCAGCCGAUUCUCGUCUGUGGAUCGCGCGUCACCGUCGCCCGGGGUCCCCUCGGCGUCUCUCCGCAGGGCCGCGCGCGCGGACGCGUUCUGCGGACACAGGUUCCGGGCGCGGGGCUGGCUGUGCUCCUGGCGGUGCCGGCCGGCGAGGACCUCCUCACCAUCCGUUAAACUCCUCCUCGAGUUUGGUUUCCGCCAGGCAUUGAGGGCAUGCGGGUACCUGUUUGGGGCGCUGGCGCCUGCGCCCGCUCGCGCGCGCGCGCUCUCUCUCCCUCUCCUUUCCAAAAAUUGGAUCUUUACCUCUCCACACCAAGGUGCACAGACGCCAAACAGUGAUGAAAUGAAAAGAAAGCCAAUUGCCGGACUGGAGGUGGGGGAGAGAUACCAUGUCUGCAUGCGCCCGCCGCCGAGCCGGGAGCCGUAAUUGCUGCAGACAGACAGCGCUGGGGGUUGGGCGGACGUGGCCGUGUAUAAAUAGUGAGAUCUCAAAUUGAAAGGCAUAAAUAACAGCAGGAGGGAUCUACCCUCACACGGACCGUCCUCUCCGCGCGGGGAGGCGUGCGGACCACAGCCCGGCUCCCAGCCAGCCCCGCCGAGCCCCGCGGACCCCGCAGCCCCGCGCAGCCAUGGAGGAACUCACGGCUUUUGUAUCCAAAUCUUUUGACCAGAAAAGCAAGGAGAGCACCGGCGGCGGCAGCGGCGGCGGCGGCGGCAAGAAGGAUUCGAUCACGUACAGGGAAGUUUUGGAGAGCGGACUGGCGCGCUCCCGGGAGCUGGGGAGCUCGGAAUCCAGCCUCCAGGACAUUACGGAGGGCAGUGGCCACUGUCCGGUGCAUCUGUUUAAGGACCACGUGGACAACGACAAGGACAAACUCAAAGAGUUCGGCACGGGGAGGGCUGCCGAAGGUAUCUACGAGUGCAAGGAGAAGCGUGAGGACGUGAAGUCGGAGGACGAGGACGGCCAGACCAAGCUGAAACAGAGGCGCAGCCGCACCAACUUCACGCUCGAGCAGCUCAACGAGCUGGAGCGGCUCUUCGACGAGACCCACUACCCCGACGCCUUCAUGCGCGAGGAGCUCAGCCAGCGCCUGGGGCUCUCGGAGGCGCGUGUGCAGGUUUGGUUCCAGAACCGGAGAGCCAAGUGUCGGAAGCAGGAGAACCAGAUGCAUAAAGGCGUUAUCCUGGGCACCGCCAGCCACCUGGACGCCUGCAGGGUGGCGCCCUACGUCAACAUGGGCGCCCUGCGAAUGCCUUUCCAACAGGUCCAGGCGCAGCUGCAGCUGGAAGGCGUGGCGCACGCGCACCCGCACCUGCAUCCGCACCUGGCCGCGCACGCGCCCUACCUGAUGUUCCCACCGCCGCCCUUCGGGCUGCCCAUAGCAUCGCUGGCCGAGUCGGCCUCGGCCGCUGCUGUCGUGGCCGCCGCCGCCAAAAGCAACAGCAAAAACUCCAGCAUCGCCGACCUGCGGCUCAAGGCGCGCAAGCACGCCGAGGCCUUGGGGCUCUGACCCGCCGCCCGCCCCGCGCCCAGCCCCGGCCCCAUGACCUCGCCCGCGCUGCGUCCUGCACUCGACCCCUCCGCGCCCCCCGACGGCCGCACGGACGCCCUGCAGCGAGGGCGCCGGCCCUGGCGCAGCGGCCUCCCUGCCUGGGGCAGUCCGGGGGCCCACCCCUGGCCCAGGGAGGGGGCUUCCGGGACCUCACGACCCUGCCAGACCCUCGCAGAGACUGUGCGGAAGAGAGUAGGUGACGGUCAGACCAGCCAACCCAGCCCCCGGCCUCGCAGUCUGUGCGUCCUGGGACCCUGGGCCACGGGGAGCCCUGCGCGUCCUUCUCUGCUGCCGGCGUUCCUACCCUGUGCAUGCGGCCUCCUACACACCUUUGGAAGAUCACAGCGUCGAUUAAACGAAAAGAUCUGGGGCUGGUCUCCGCCGAAGAUGCCAAUGCUUGGUUGCCAACAGUUUUACUCACUGCAUUCCUUGCAUUCGUCUGGGGAGGCGGUGCAGGACGGGUAUGGAUUGCAACGUGGACUUGCGCCUGCCAGGCUAGGGGCCUGCGCUCUGCAGCAAUAAGGAAAGGCAUCUGCCGACCUCCGACCUCGGGAACAAGGUGGGGUGGGGGUGGGGGAGACCCGAAUCUCCCACGUUGUUGUCACCGUACUGUUUGGGGACCUGAAUCACGAGCACCCUUUUCAUGCACACGUUUGGCCCCAAAGCACCGAGUUUAGGAUUCCUCGUGCCAUACAGCAGACGACUUUAUAACUUUUCCAGUAUUUGAUUCCCGAAUUGACUUUUGUUUGUUUGUUUGUUUUUUGGCUGUUUCACAGAAUUCAGACGCAAAUAACGUGCAUAGAGACACAGGGGCGCGUGGUUUUAAGGUAUAAUACUGAUGCAGCAUUAAUUUUAGUGAAAUGCAAUUAAGUUCAGUAAAGUGCAAUACUGUAAAUGUUAUAGAUUUAAAAGAAAAAAAAUAGCCGUGCACUCUUGACCCUGUCGGCUUCGGACUUCUAAGGGCAUUACUUCCUCCUGCAUGCUGCGGGCCUGGCCGGCUGGGGCCCAUUGCCGAAAUGAUGGGGGAGGUGGUGGUGGUGAGGCAGUGUGGUCUGGAUCUGAAGGAAUUGAGGUGUGUGGUACGUGAUAAAGCAGGACCUGGGGAGGGGGGGGGUGCCAGGAUGUGAGGCCGAUGGCUGAGCUGUUUCUGCAAAGAGAAGAGGCUGAGACGGGUCCUCUAGGCAGUGAGUUUUAAGAUCACGUUUUGUGGCGGUGGUAGUCUGGUCCAGGUUUGAGCUCUUCUUUCUCCCUGCGUCCCCACCCCCUCUCCCCGGCCCCCACCGACUGAGAAAGCACCAAAUAGCGAUUCAUUGUAUGGAGUGGGAAACGCACUUGA